GGACACCCUGUACAAUGUUUGGACUGUUUUUUUCAGAAUCAGUUUGAAAAUGGAUGUUGACAAACAGCUGUUUGAAGUUUUUGCUUUCCAUGGCGCACUCCUGCUAGUCAAAACCUGUAUCAUGUCAUUCCUAACUGCCAGGCAACGUUUUGCAAAAAACAUUUUCAUCUCCAGGGAGGAUAGACUCAACAAGAAAACUAAGAUUGGAACAGGGUUAAACGACGACAUUGAGAGAGUUCGACGUGCACAUCAGAAUGAUAUAGAGAAUAUAUUUCCCUUUUUUACUUUGGGAUUUCUGUAUUUGUUCACCAACCCUGCUCUAUCUACAGCUACAACAGUUUUCAGGAUUUUUUCCGGUGCCAGAAUUGCACACAGCAUAGUUUAUCUUUUGGAAGUCCCACAGCCGGCUAGAGUUAUAGCUUUUAUGAUUGGAAACCUAGCCAACGUUUUCCUUGGAUUUCAAGUUCUAACUUUCUUUAAAAAUUCUAUGUAAUAUGAAAAAUAAAAAUAUAAAUGUACAGAAUUUGUUAAAUAACUAAUUGAAUAAGUUGAAAUCCUUAUUAAAAGCAGUGCCAGUGCUAUAAAAUACAUUAUAUUUUUA